AUGUCUACUUCUUUAUUUCUUUUAUUCGAAUGUUCGUUCAUUUUAUUUGUAAGCAGUGAUUUACUGGGUAGUUUAGCUGGAAAUAAGCAGCCUGAUAAGAAUCCAGAAGUCUUGAAUGCACCAUGUGGACCAAUUAGAGGAAAUAUAUACACCUUCGGUACUAAAAUAGUAGAUGGCUAUCUUGGAAUCCCUUUCGCAAAACCACCAAUUGGAGAGCUUCGUUACAAGAAACCAGCACCGUUUGAUAAAUGGACAGAGCCAAGAGAUUGUUACGAGUAUGGUCCUGGAUGUCCGCAAACCGGACAAUUUGCGGGGCCAAACGGUUUACCAGUUCUAGUUUACAUUUAUGGAGGAGGUUUCGAGAUUGGAUACACAUCUUAUAUGGAUGGAUAUGCAAUGAGUGGAACUAUUCCACAAAGAGAUAUUGUUGUGGUUACAAUGAACUAUCGUCUAGGUCCCCUGGGUUUUUUGACUGUUGCUGAUGGAAAAGCAAGUGGAAAUUAUGGAUUAUGGGAUCAAACACUUGCUCUACAAUGGGUUCAUGACAAUAUUGCUGCAUUCGGGGGAGAUCCAAACAGUGUGACACUUUCGGGUACAAGUGCAGGAUCGGCUAGUACAGAUUUCUUAUCAUUGAGUCCACAUUCAAACGGUCUUUUCCAUCGGUCAAUCUCAAUGUCGGGAACCGCUUUCUGUAAUUUUGCUAUCCGACCUCAAAGAGUUGAAUCACAAGUUGGAUUAGAGUUUGCUCAGUUUCACGGGUUCAAAGGAAAUGAUUCUCAAAACCUUAUCGAUUGGUAUCGUGCUCAAGAUGCAGCAAAAUUCAAAGAUGUAGCCGGAUUUAAAUCAACUGCAGCUGGUGUUGUUCCUUUUGUUCCUAAUUUCGAUGGAGAUUUCUUUCCAAAACCAUUCGACAUAUUGAGGAAAGAAGCUCCAAAGAAAGAUGCAAUGAUUACUGUAGCAGAGAUGGAAUCUGUUGGAAUGAUAAUCUUCAAUAAGCUGUUCGCGGAACCUUACAGUAAUUUUGGGAAGUUUGUCGAUGAGACGUAUGGAUUAGAUGUCACAGACUACUAUGAAGACGUCAAGAAGAAUCUUACUAGCUUUUAUCUUGGUGGUGUCAGUCCGUUGGAUAGAAAUUUGACCAAUAAGCAAGUGGUUGAUUACGUCAGUGAUUCCGUAUUCAAUAGUGGAGCUCUCGAUGCUGUCAGAUCAUAUGCGAAAUAUGGGAACAAAGCUUAUUUCGGAUCAUUCAAUUAUUUCAACAAGGCAUCAACUGAUAUAGCUGAUAUGAUGCAGCCUUUCAAAGCAGCUUCUCAUAGUUCUGAUUUCAAAUAUUACUUUGGAAGUGGAGUGAUGACUGGAUUCAAUCCGAAUGAUGAGGAGAAAAAAGUCAUGAAUAUAGUAGGAAACAUGAUGUCGAAUUUCGUGAAGUAUGGUGAUCCGAACGGAAAGAACAAAACAAAAUCAUGGAAACCAUACAAUUUGACUAAACCUCUGAUGUAUUAUAAAAUCGAUUAUCCAAUUAGUGAAAUGGCUGACAACUUCCAAGACGGAAGACUGACAAUUUAUGAUGGGAUCAAUCAAAAUUCCAAGAAAUAUCAAGAAAUCGUUUAUGGUUUAGCAAAAUUGUCGAAGAAAGUGAAAUUUAAUAUGUCAACAUCCGGCUAA